CGCACAUUGAAGAUGGACGACCUCGCCGCGACCGCCACUGCUGUCGCCGACCAAGAUGAAGGAUCUAGUGGACUUCUAUCCAAAGAGCUCAUGGAAGAGCUCGGUGGAGACGAAGGUGAACUGCUGACCGUGCGGAAGAAGAAGGUCAAAGGCCAAGCCAAAGCCCCCAGUGCCGCGGUGAUCCAAGCCGCCACGAAGCUAAGCAAGACCAAACGCAAGAAGUUGGUGCAGCUCGAAGCUCGCAAGGCGAAAGAAGCCCGUCGUGACGAAGUCCUGCAGUCGCUCGAGGCUCAAAAGCUGCCCCAAGCCCAUCUGAAUCUCAUGUACUCCACCGCCAGGCUUGGUCACAAGGAGACGUUGAAAGAACGGUUGAAGCGGUCUGUGAACCAAGAGAAGGCGGGGCUGACACUCACCGCGUCUGCUCGAGAAGAACUGUACCCUGAACUUCGGCAACCCAAAGCAACAUCCGAGGCCGCCGCCGGUGGUGUUGCUGCUGCUAGUUCUGAAGACGAUUCCAUGGGCAUCGCCCUAGCCAAUCCCAUCUUGACGACAUCCCCAGAUCCCAUUGAGAUUGAAAAGACGCCAACACAACCGACUCAAGGCGAUUCCAAGGCGAAGAAAUCGAGAAAGAAAAAGUCAGUUUUGACUACCCCGGCGUCGGUCACUCCAGCUAAAGCCAUUGCAACUCCGUCGACUCCUCUGUCUUGUACUGCAGCCGCUCCGUCGACUUCUGCCAACGAUGGCCCAUCAGCACCACCACCAGCAACAGCAGCACCCUCCACCCUGUCACAUGUCGACAACAACGAAGCUACGUCCGAGUCGGCCAUGAUGGUCAAACUAUUAGCACUUCGAGCGAAAAAUGAAGCGAAGCGAUUGCUCAAGGCCCAAGGCGGCGGCCCCGCCCCGGCAGCCGCCGCCGACAAGUACGAACACCUGCCCAAAUACACGCCCAAACCUGUCCCCCUCAACAAAACGCACGAAAUGAUCGCGCUGUCCAAGCUCGUGGCGCCGUUGCAACUGCAGCGAAAGGUGACCGUGACUCGCGUCGAAGCGAUUCAGCUGGGCCGGAUGCAGCUGCCAGUGUGCAAUGCUGAGCAAGAGAUCAUGGAAGCCAUCGAAUCGAACUCGGUGGUGAUUCUGUGUGGCGAAACUGGCAGUGGCAAGACCACCCAAGUGCCGCAGUUCUUGUAUGAAGCCGGGUACGGCACCGAUGGCAUGCAUCCAGGCAUGAUUGGGGUAACACAGCCGCGUCGGGUGGCGGCAGUGAGCACCGCCCAGCGGGUGGCCACGGAGCUCAACGUUCCGUUUGGGAAGCGGGGGUCGGUGGGGUACCAGAUCCGAUAUGACAACGACCACGUCGGCGACAGCACCCGCAUAAAGUUUAUGACGGAUGGGAUCCUUCUCAAGGAAAUCCAGCAAGACUUUUUGCUUAAAAAAUACUCGAUCAUUCUCCUCGACGAAGCGCACGAACGCAAUGUAAACACGGACAUAUUGAUCGGCCUGCUGUCCCGCGUCGCGCCAUUCCGAGCGCAAAUGGCGAUCGAAGAAAAAGAGCACUUCGAGUCGCUGUCCGCGGCCGAGAAGGCGGCGGCCCCCGCGCCGAUUCAACCGUUGAAGUUGGUAAUCAUGUCGGCAACGUUGCGCGUGGAGGACUUUACAGAGAACAAGACGCUGUUCCCGUCGCCGCCGCCUGUGAUCAAGGUCGAGGCGCGGCAGUACCCUGUCACAGUUCACUUUAACAAGCACACUGAGAUGAACGACUACGUGCAAGCUGCGUACCAAAAGGUGGUGAAAAUCCAUCGCAAGCUGCCAGAAGGCGCGAUUCUCGUGUUUUUAACUGGCCAGCGCGAGAUUCUGCAGCUCGUGCGCCAGCUGAGGCGGAAUUUGGGCUCUGGAAAGAAAAAAAAUAAAGCCCCAGCGACCAACUCGCGGAAUCGAAUGCAAGACGAGGCAUGGUACAUCCGAGAACACGAUGAUGAUGACGAUCAAGCCGACUUGGAUGACGCCGAUGUGUACGGAGAAGAGACUGGUGACGACAGUGGUGACGACAGCGGUGACGAAGAAGAAGGGGAUGAAGAAGGGGAUGAAGAAGGGGAAGACUUGUUUCCAUAUGUGCAUGUGUUGCCGCUUUAUUCUAUGCUCGCCAACGACGAACAGAUGAAGGUCUUUGAAGCCCCGCCGGCCAAGCAUCGUCUGGUGAUUGUGGCGACCAACGUGGCGGAGACGUCGCUGACGCUUCCUGGGGUGCGCUACGUCGUGGAUGCUGGCCGGACCAAGGAGCGCGUGUUUGACCUGAAGAGCGGGAUUUCGCAGUUUGAAAUCCAAUGGAUCAGCAAAGCCAGCGCCGACCAGCGCGCGGGCCGAGCGGGGCGGACAGGUCCUGGCCACUGCUACCGCCUCUACUCAUCUGCUGUGUACGACAACGAGUUUCAAAAGUUCUCCCCGCCGCAGAUUCUUUGCCAACCCAUCGAAGACGUGGUGCUGCAGAUGAAAGCGAUGGGUAUUGAAAAUAUCCUGCAGUUCCCCUUCCCAACGCCCCCAGAAGAGUUGGCGCUGCACACGGCCGUGACCACGCUGCUGCAUUUGGGCGCCCUCCAUCGAACUACCAACACGAUUACUGGUUUGGGCAAGACGUUGGCGGGGUUUCCCGUGGCUCCGAGGUUUGCCAAGAUGCUGCUGCUAGCGCAACAAGUAGGGUGUUUGGAGUAUGCCAUUGCGGUCGUGGCCAGCUUGACCGGGCAAAGCCCGUUCAUUUUGGAACGCGAACGAAAGGAGGCGGAAUCGUAUCGAAAGGAAGCCAACGACGAAGACAAGCUGCCGUCGAUCGACGCCGAAUCUUCCGAGCCCCAGAAGAACGAGAUGACUCAAGUAGAUAAUGCAUGGACGGAAGAGCUCAAGGAAGCCGAGGCCAUGCAGCGCCAUGCGCAAUGGAUGGACGACGACAGCGACGUGCUGAGUAUGCUGCGGGCGGCCGGCGCGUACGCCUAUAGUGGCGGGUCCAGUGUCUUUUGUACAGAAAACCACUUGCACGAAAAGGUGAUGGAGCAAAUGCUAAAGUUGCGAAGUCAACUGACGAAUAUUGUCAACAAACUCACUGUGGGUGGACAUGCCGCCGUGACGCUGCGCCCGAAUAUGCCGCCGCCAUCCGACCAUGAUCAGGACAUGCUGCGUCAGAUCCUGGCGGCGGGUUUCCUCGACCAAGUGGCCCGUCGGGUGCCGGCAGGCACAAUCACUAGUGGCACCAAGAUCGAACGGAAUUGCGCCUACAUGUCGUGCAAUGGGAUUGUGACGGAACCGCUGUACAUCCACCCGCACUCGCAUUUGUUUACGACCAACCCCAGCAAAUUGCCCCAAUACGUCGUGUACAGCAACAUCGUGCGCACAUCCAGAGCGUACAUGAAGACUGUGACUGCGAUCGAGCCGGACUGGCUCCAUGCUGUGGCCGCCGACUCGCCGUUGUGCGACACGUCCGAGCCUCUGGACGCGCCCCCGCCCAAAUAUAACGCCGCAUUGGACAGGGUCGAGUGUUAUGUCAAGCCCACGUACGGCAGCUACAAGUGGGAACUCCCGGCAGUGUUGGUGGAAUACCCCGCCGGGCCAGUGAAAUUUCGCUGGUUUGGUCGAUUUUUGCUCGACGGGCUCGUAGUGUCGGCUUUAAAGCCUCUGUUGGCCACCAAAUUGCGUGAACCGAGCGUGUCGUUGAUCAAAAAAAAAUUCGACGCGAAAAUUCAACUGCUGGUGUCGGCCCUCGAACGGUCCAACGUCAGCUCGCGACGAGCGUUGGUGGCGCAGUGGCAGUGCAACCCUCAGUUUUUAUGCGAACAAGUGCUGAACUGGGUGCAAGACAACCACAAGGCUGCACUCAAACAGCACUGGAACGCCCUCGUGAUGCGCCAAGUGCAGGCGCUGUAGAUAGACGAGUACUACGAGUGCUUGGAUGGACAUGUUGCUGACCUCUCCACGCCCGACUGAACAAUCGACUUUCUCGGAUAUAACAACCCCGUUAGUGUCAUGUCCAGCCGAUUGGUAUUAUACCUAUAUUUGCCACUUGGCGUCCAAAC